AGUGCUGCAUAUAUACUUGCAUUCCCUUUUAUGCACACUAAUUUGCAACUUCACAUAAUUUUAAAACAAAACAAAAAAAAAGAUGUUACAAAGAUCCGUUUUAUUUCCUCCAAAAUUUCCCAAACUACCAUCUCUAAGAAAAGAGAAUAAUAAUUUGGUAGCAAAACUCAUAAGCAAUGCCUCUCAUCCUUCAUCAAUUUCCGUUUAUCUAAACCCUAAGCAUAUGAACCCUAAACAAUCUCCACUUACCAAAAUCUUUAAUUCAUUAGAUGAUAUGGUUUCCAACUUCUUGGAGUUACCUCUCACACCAUCAAAUGAUCCCAACCACCUUCUCUCCGGCAACUUCGCGCCGGUCGACGAGCUUCCGCCCACCGUAUGUGAGGUGGUGGAUGGCUCCAUCCCGGCCUCCCUCCGCGGCGUCUACAUCCGCAACGGCCCUAAUCCCCACUUCGUCCCGCGCGGCCCUUACCACCCCUUCGACGGCGACGGGAUGCUCCACUCCAUCAGAAUCUCCGGCGCCGUCGAAGCCAUUUUCUGCAGCCGUUAUGUAAAAACUUACAAGUUCAUAACGGAGGCAGAAAACGGCUCCGCCUUCUUCCCCAGCCCCUUCUCGUGGUUCAACGGGAGAUCAGCCUCCGCGGCGCGUUUCUUACUAACAGUAGCGCGGGUGGUCUCCGGCUCAUUCGAUCCUUCUGUUAACGGAUUCGGAACCGCCAACACGAGUCUGGCUUAUUUCAACAGAGAGCUAUACGCUCUCUGCGAAUCCGAUCUCCCCUACCAAAUCCAUCUCGCUGAGAAUGGCGACAUCCUCACUUUAGGCCGCCGAGACUUCGGGGGCGGGGGCGACAUGACGCAGAGAAUGACUGCGCACCCGCACACCGACUCCGGCGAAGUCUUCGCCUUCAAAUGCAACAUGUUUCCUCCGUUUCUGACGUUUUUCAAAAUCGAUUCAGAAGGGAGAAAAGGGGCGGAAUUAGCAAUCACGUCGAUCAAGAGGAUGCCGAUCGUCCAUGAUUUCGGCCUCACGAAGCAGUUCAUCGUGUUUCAGGAUUUGCAGAUUGAGAUGGACCCCACGGAGAUGGCGUGGGGGCGGACGCCGAUGGUCUUCAACCGCAGAAAAGUGCCGCGGAUCGGCGUGCUGCGGCGCGACGCGGCGGACGACGGCGGAUUGGCGUGGAUCAAGACGCCGGGGUUGAACUUUCUGCACGUGAUCAAUGCUUGGGAGGGAGAUCUCGGCGGAAGGGUUGUGAUCGUGGCGCCGAAUUUCUUAUCGAUGGACCGUGGAUUCCUCAACGUGAGUUUGAUAUAUUCGGAGAUUGAAAUGAUCGAAUUGGAUGUCAAUGAAAAGAAGGUGGUUUCGAGACAUGUUUUGAGCAGGAAGAACAUGGAAUUUGGAGUUGUUAAUCAAGCCUAUGCUGGAAAACAGACCAGGUUAGGAUAUAUGUAUGCAGCAGUAAUAGGAGAGUCGAUUAAGGCGGCAGGGGUGGUGAAGCUAGACUUGUCAAAAGCUGGGGCGGAAGGCGGCGAUUGCAUGGUGGCGAGCCGGGAAUAUGGGCCGGGAUGUUAUGGUGGGGAGCUGUCUUUCGUGGCGGGGGAGGGGGCGGAGGAGGAUGAUGGAUAUUUAGUGACAUAUGUUCACGAUGAAAUUAGAAAGGAGUCGUGGUUUUGGGUGAUGAAAGCCAAAUCCCCAACUCUUGAGGUUGUUGCUAGGGUUAAGUUGCCUGGUAGGGUGCCCUAUGGCUUCCAUGGACUAUUUGUUCCUGAAAAAGAUCUGUUAACACUAUUGUAAUUCCUAUCAGUACUACCUUACCUAUUCUCCACAUUAAUUAAUAAUACAUGAGGUGUUCUACUGUUCUAGAAA